ACCAUCAUGGCUGCAGCUAUUACUAUUAGUGUGUAAAGGGUAAUUUAAUAAAUAUGUUGAGAAGUCUCAGUGAACCGUCCUUGGGGACCAUCGGAACCACUGCCACCGAAAUAACAGUAAGGUCGAGCCGCAUCAACAUCCACCAUGACCAGAGCAAGCUGGACAAGCUGGGGCUCCGGGGACAGAGGUUCUUCGAGGGGCGGCUGUACCGCGUCACCAUGGCCGUCAUACUUCUACCCUGGCUCAUGUGGUGGCAGGUUCUUGUACAAGUGACGAAUGUAUACCAGUAUAUUAUUCUUCUACUGACUGAAUAUUACUUGAAUAAUAUUACCGAGUUCCCUAUCUACUUGCUAGAUACUACCAUCUGCGAUUUGAUUUUCGCGGCGGAUGUCUUUGUAUAUAUGUUACACGCUUGUUGGACUUUGGCUAGACUUCAUAUAAGAGUUUAUAGGAGAAGUACCAUACUACUAUUCUACGAUGUGGUCAGUCUUAUACCAUUGCGCUUGAUAUUUCAACACAGUGUGAACUACCGUUAUUUGGCCACCAUGAGCUGUUGGUUUUGUAUAGGCCGCAUAUACAGACUGCUAACUUUCUUUAUGCAAGUUAACGAGUAUAUGCACAGUUCGAGGAGACUGAUUUUACUCUCGCAACAUUUCGUAUUGAUAGUGCUGUUCUUGCAUGGUGUGACAUGCGUUUGGUACCAUAUUCACAAAGUGACUUUUGAUGCAUCGAAACAUUAUAACCUGGGAUAUCCGCCGCAAGUCGGAGCAGAUCAGCUAAGGUUUAACAAUUAUAUGGCUUGCUUCUAUUACUGUGCCUGUCGCCUUUUAAAUGUCAUAUUUGGCGAUUCUUUUCCUGUUUUCCCCUUGGAAAUGUGGUUGACUUCAGCCAUGAUGAUAAUGGGACACUGUAUCGUGCGUUAUCGUUUCAUUGGAAAGCUCACUUGGGAUUUGGUUGUGGGUAAUAGCCGCCGUUUGCUGUUCGUCGACCAAUUCCAUCACAUGUUAGACUACCUACAAAAGUCCGGUGCCCCAAAGUCGCUAGUCGAGCUCGCCUAUACAUACAAGAUGCAGCUUUGGCGCAUGAAAGACGGAGUCUUGACGUCUGAUCAUCUUCAAAAGCUACCGCUGCCGCUGCAGAUGGAACUAAUUUAUGACAUUAACAUAGCUCACUUCCAUGAUACUCUGAUAUUUAGAGAUUCACCUGAGGCGUUUUUACGCCAGAUUUCUCUGCUCAUGCGCCACGAGAUCUUCAUGGCUGGCCAGUAUAUCUGGAACCAAGGUGUGGUGAAAAACGGCAUGAUCUGUCUGAAGAAGGGCGUCGUGGAGAUGCUAUCGGACGAGGACAAUGAGAGCCCGAUGAUAGCAUUCACGGAAGGAACGGUUCUUGGAGAGCUGAGUUUGUUCUAUUCGAUCCCGGCCAAAGUUACCGUCACAGCUGCUACGUACGUGGAGCUACAGGUGUUGCGACGAACUGACUUCAUGCGCGCUAUGUCCGAGCAGCCGGCUUUAUUGUACGAAAUACGCGACAAGAUAGAACGACGGCUCCGUAGUGCUAGGACAAAGCAAGAGGCAAUAGAGGCGUAUGAAGAAAAUGAUUCUAGGCAAAUCAGGACUCGGUACAGACCAAUGAAAGUGCUCAAAAAUCGUUUAGCGGGUAUAGAGGACGAGGAUCCUACGUUCGUGGAUGAUUCACACAUGUAUUACAGAGAUGCCAAAAACGUGCGUCGGCCGAAAUUUACAGAGGAGUUCCUAGAACUGUAUCAGAUGUCCCCAAAAGUGACCAGUAUUAAGGCUCCGAGGAUUUGUCUCAGGGCGUCAUUUCCAUGGAUUCUAGAACCGGACACUGAUUUUAUGCGCAUGUUGCAUGUCAUUCACUUCAUUAUGAUCCUGUACUUAUGCAUAAUGGUCCCAUACUCGAACAUCAUUCAGCCCUCGCAGUCCGACGCGGAGAAGGUGCUCAACACCGUUAUCACCACCGGGCUGGUGCUCCACAUCUAUAUUCAGCUCACUACUGCCAUCUAUGAUAAGAAUGUUAUAAGAAAUACAGUAAAGGAUAUAUCAGAGGUCAAAAUGGCAACUUUUGGUUUCUACUUGGACAUACUGUCAGUGUUCCCUUUCUACAUUUUCACGGAUACUCUGGACCCUCAAGGAAGCUCAGUAGCCAAUCAAGUGGCGGCACUCUGUCCCGUACUGCAAAUGUGGCACAUUUGGGAAUAUAUGGACAAAUUGGAAAGGAAUUUCAAAAGUAACGUCAGGGUUAUUUGCGUUCUGAAGUUUGCUCUGAUGUUUUGCAUAUUCUGUUACUGGUCGGGUUGCUUUCUAUACUUGAUCUCUUGUCCCAAUCAGUUAUGCCGACCGAACUCAUGGGUAAAGCACCUGAUAUUCUGGGAGACAAAGGUAUUCUCGACUUUAAACGCUAAGCACGAAAAGCCGAUGGUAUCGUCGCUCAUGUUCGGCGCGGCGGCGUUCACCGGCGCCGGCAUUGCCGACAUAGCCCCAGGAGUCGCCGAUCUGUUUGUGCUGAUUGUAAUCUUCGUUCUUGGAUUUUAUGUUAGCUGUUUCUAUACGGGCACUAUGUGCAGUCACUUUAUGCUUGCAGCACGGAGGAGAUGUAAAUUCAAGGAAUCAAUGCGGGAACUUUUCUGCUUUCUAUCGGUAAAUCAGGUUAGCGAGAAAAUCAAGGCUCGAGUGAGGAAGUUUUUCUGCGUACAAUGGUAUUACAAUAACGCAGUACGUGUCAAGGAUUUAUUCGAAGACAUGUCCGCCAACAUUCAACAAGAAGUGCUGUCCAUCGAGACCGUGGAGACAUUAUUAUACUGUCCGCUGUUUCAGGAUUGUAGCCGAGACCUACUGCAAACGGUUGCGGCCAAUAGCAGAACCAUAGUGUUACCUGACGACGAGGUCGUUCAACAUGCAGCCGACAUAGGCCGCGAUAUGUAUAUCGUACAAAAGGGUCACUGCAAUAUUGUUAAUAACCAGGGAAAAAUAGUAACGUGCGUGGGCCCUGGAAGUCAAUUUGGAAUGAUCGAAAUGCUUUUUGGAUUACCGAAAGUGUACACCGUGUUGACGUCGACUAACUGCAUAUUGCUGCAUAUGGAGUACAGUGCGUUGGUGCAGUGCUGGGGCACGUUUCCCGACAUCAGCGCUCCCAUUAUGAAGGUUUUAGAGGAUCCGGAAAUCCGAAGCGAAGUGGUUCAAUAUGAAGUUGCUCAACCCAUGGUAGGCCGGAUAGACGUCAAAACAAAUCGAAUUGCGCAAGAGAUAAAAGAAAGUUUCGUCGCCAUAAGCGGCCGCGAGGAGAGAGCCCACUACACGAAGACCUUCGAAAAGUUAGGAGUGAUGAGGUUUUUAAGGUUUAUCAUAUUACCAGGAAGCAUUACUCCUUACGGGAUGUUUCUGAAGGUCUGGUGCAUUGUGAGAUCCCUCCUGGCCGUAUAUUAUCUCAUCACUGUACCAUAUUGCAUAGCGGUAUCUUACAGUAGAUUCCGUACCCAUGAGGUUUAUUACGUAGACAUUUUGCUGUACGUUGACAUGGCGAUAAUGGCGUAUGUGGCUUAUUACGAUGAGCGAUCUCUUCUAAUCACUCAUCCUUUAUAUACGAUAUCACGAUAUCUAAAACAUGGAUUUGUUUUGGAUGCUUUCAUCUGUUUUCCUUUAUCCCGUUUUGUAGGCCUUAUAAAUGAUCAAGCAGAUUUAGAUAAGUAUCGUUUGAACAAAUUAUUGCAGCUAACCAGAAUAGUGGCUGCGGUGAAUUACUGGGAAGAAGAUAUAAUGCAGACCAACCAAUUGAUAUUUUUACUAAAAUUUUUGCCAGCGGCCUUGACGAUUGUGAAUUUUGCAUCUGCAUUUUCUUUCAUCUCGUUUUGUAGGCCCUUCCUUCCAAACGGGACGGAUUAUAUCAUGGCUAAUUGUUCACGGGUUAUUGUUAUGCACGGCUCGAAUCAUAACAUUGGAGGUGCAAUAACGGAGUAUGUCAAAGUGUUCUUUCACAGUUUCAAAACCUUUGUGGGGUGCGGAUGCACGCCUACUAUGUCUGUGAAUACGACGGACGCCCUGAUCUCCACAACGCUUGCAAUCUUAACUAUCUUGUAUUUCGCCUUUAUGUGCGGAUAUGUCGCGUCCGCUCGCUCCUCAACGGGCAACGCCUUACUUGAUCACAUAGAAAAAACAUCAGACUUGGCGAACUUCUUAUACCAAGAAAACGUCGAUCCAAUGCUAACAGCAAGGACGUUAAAAUACUUCGAUUACUUGUGGCGACGCACCAACGGAAGCAAUCCUCAGCAAAUAUGCCGGCGACUCAACUCUGCGUUAAUGGAAGAUACUCUCGUGUUCAUGUACGAGCGGACCCUACGCGAGGUCCCACUCUUCAGCAAAGUGGAGCGCUCCUUCAUCAGAGUUAUCACUCAACACCUCAACGAAAUGUACUUCCUGAAGGCUGAAACCGUCAUACAGUGCAAGGAUGUACAACCUUAUAUUUAUAUUAUUUAUCGGGGCAAGGUUGACGUUAUGAAUUCGUACAAUGAAAUGAUCACUUGUAUGGGACCAGGCGGAAUGUUUGGGAAUUUUACUGGGCAUCCGAUAUCGUGUUCCGAAGUGUCAAUUUACGCAAGCCGGAGCCUCGACUUGCUCGUGAUCCCGAGCCAGACGUUCUUCAACCUGGUGAAGUACUACCCGAAGAUACAGGAGCCCUUGAACAAAGCGUUCGAAACGUCGAAAGACUACAUUCUGCCAAUCAAUGUGAACAUCGCGGAUGAUUCUGACUCAGAAGGGUCAGAACUCUACGAUGUAUACUCUAUGGACUCUAAAUUCAGCUCCAUCUGCACGACCGAUGACAGUCGUUAUGACAUGCCUGAAUACUCAGCUGUUUCAACAUUAAGAACCGCCCAUUCGCAGUCGAACCUGAGCCAGACGAAGUCGGUGGGCACGAUGAGCGCGUUUUCCCUACAGAGCCAAAAGAACGUGUACAAUUUGUUCAGGCCGGGCACUUGGAUGUAUUUGAUGGGAGGCUACUUGACAAGUUUCAUGGCAACGGCGAAUUAUGUGAUUGUUCUCUACAGCAUUACUACGCUAAACGACUGCUAUGGUAUUAUGUGGGCGUUGGCAUUAUUCGACAUUUAUUUUUAUCUGAACAUGUAUUUGACGAUGCAUGAGGGGUACGCAAGCAAGCGUGGCGAAUUGAUCAUGGACGCUAGCAAGUGCCGUAGAAACUACUACAGACAUACAAUAUUGUUUUACUCAGAUCUGUUCGUUAACUUCCCAUUAAUGCUCUUCGGAUUUUGUUUUCCUUACAGGAAAACUAUCAAGGCUAUGCACUACCUGAGAGCAAACAAGCUGUUCCGAAUCAAAUACUUGUUUGAAUUUUAUAACAAGUCAUCGGUUGUUCUUACAAAUAACCUUACUACCUUACAGGCGGUGAUGACAGUGCACGCGGUGGUGUUCUUCGUGCACACUUUCACGUGCCUGUGGCUUUUCGUCAUCAUCGCCGUGCAGCCCAUCUGCACCGUGCGGACGAUCAAGACGCACUUUCUUGAAGAAGAAACGCCAACUAAAGUGUGGGACUACACGACGUCUUUCUACGUGAUGGCGACCUUGCUGACCGCUACAGGUGGUGACGAGUAUCUGGUCAACGACCUGACUCCCGAGAUCAUUCAGAACAUUUGCCUACUCUCUGGGAAGGUGCUGGCAGCUGUGGUAGUCGCAACUUCUAUGCAGGUCACGUUUUCAAAAGAACAUACAUUAACAAAAUACGAAAAGGCAACGGGAGAACUUAUGGACGUACUUAAAAAUCAAGGACUUUCAGAUUACCAAUCCCAAAAAUUGUGGAAGUAUGUCAAACAACUCUGGGUGACAGAGCGUGGACGACAGUUGCCAGCUCUCUUGGCCCAGACCCCGUACGUGAGACGGUGCGACCUAAUGUCGGCAAUGUUUGGCCAACAUUUGAGGAACUGCUACGUUUUCGCCGACACGGGGGAGUCGUUUCUUCGUCAGCUCACCGUGGCCAUGGAUUACACAAUAUUCUUCCCUGGCAACUACAUAGUAGUAGCGGGUGACAGCGACGCCCGCAUGCACUGGGUGUCCUCCGGCACCGUGUCCGUGGUGUCCGUGCGCCCCGACCUGACGGAAACCACGCAUGAGCUAUUAGGACCCGGAGACGUGUUCGGGAUUCUGCAGGGAUUGCACCGUGGCAUCAUUCACUGCUUCUCCUACAGAGCUGAGACCAAGGUAAGCAUUUUGUCGCUGUCACUGGAUUCUUGGAUCCACAUACUGCCGUACUUUCCGGAGGCGCAAAAUAGUAUUACAAACAGAUCUAACAUUCUGUUCGCUCGUAUUACUAACUAAAAUG